CCAACUUACGGCAAUGCACCGACCUACUUACGGCAACAACCGUGACAAUAAACAACCUGCCACAGGUUGGUGCACCAAAUGCUGCUGGCUUUAGAUUAAAGAACAGAUCUUCAAGGAAGCUAGCAUACCAGUUUCAAAUAUGCCUUAAGAAAGGAAAAAAGGUUUUAAAGAAUACUACCUACAGAAAGGCCAUUUCGUAAUUAAAAGUAUGUCUAACUGGAGAGACUACAGCAAAGAACAUUGGGAAAAAAGCAACAAAUUAGCACAGUAUUGCUAGGCUUUUUUCUGCUUUCAUGAAGAUUAGCUGCUGAAGAAGGCAUAAUGAUUAGACAAAAACUUUCACUUGAUAAGCAUCAGACAGUCACAACAAAUAUCAACAGUGAUAAAGAUGAUGUCCAUGAAGAGAAUGGAGCACUUUUUUGGAUCAACCGGAGUGGUAUUCCUUUGGAUAAACCAACGUGGGAAAGAAUGUGGGAGCAUGUGGCACGUGUGCACCCUGAAGGAGUGGCUAUGACCAAAAAAAUCAGGAAUCAGAAAGACUUGCCUGAGAUUGCAGUGCCCCAGGCACCUCUAACAUUUCCUUCCACAGUUCCCAUACCAGAACGUCUGCAGCGCAUACAAAAAUACAUGUCAGGAUUGGAGUAUAAUCACACUGGCACUCAGUUCUUUGAGAUAAGAAGAAUCCGUCCAGUGGCAGGAUUGAUGGAGUGUGCCAAAGAAAUGAUAAGAGAAGCUUUACCUAUCAAAUGCUUGGAAGCUGUGAUCCUAGGAAUAUACUUGACUAAUGGCAUGCUAGGUCUUGAACGGUUUCCAAUCAGCUUCAAAACCAUUUUCAGUGGAACAGCUCAUCAUCAUGUGGUAUUGGGCGUUUACUAUGGUGGGCGUUAUGGUGCCAUUGGUAUGAGUCGCAGAGAUGAUCUCAUGUAUAAAACUCUUACAUUUAAGAGUCUCUCUGAUCUUGUGUUUGACUUUGAGAGAUCCUACAAAAAUUAUUGGCAUGACUUAGUAAGGAUAAAAGUUGGCAUGGCAGUUUCACAUGAUCAGCACAGCUAUGAAGUUAUCAACUGGAAGGCAUUAGCUCUCAAUCUGCGACAUAUGCAUCGCAAGGAGCUCACAAGAGACUUAGAAGUUCAUUCUCGCUACAUGAGAGCAAAGGCACAGUCAUUGUUGUUGAAUACCUAUGUGAAGAAUGUUACUCCUGUGCAUGAAAGCAGUAGUGCCAAAGAAAAUCUGAAGUAUGGACGUAGUGUGUCUCCAAUUCGUGUUGCUAGAUCAAAAAGUUUAGGAGUGGAAACAAAUGUCAAAAGGCCCACACCAUGCAUUGGCGACAAGUUAGUUGACAAGGACCUUGGCUAUCAAAUAGGCAUCUGAGGUUGGCUCAGUUACCAUGAGCUUUCUCUUAAACCUAAAUGACACUUUUGCAAAUGCCUUGAAUACCCGUAAAACAUAAAAAAAGUGAUCUUUCUUUGUUCAUUUUUUUAAAUGUUGAUUUGCUCAAACUUGUUAGACAGAUUACAUGUCUAUGCCUCUUUAUACCAGAAAGGAUUUUUAUCUCAAUUCCCUUUAGUCCUGAGUACAGUGGUGCUGCCAGUAUUGUGUAUCAAGGAGAAAGAAUAAAAACUAUAUCCAGCUUCCAAGAUCAUGGAAUCACCUAGCUUUUGUAUUUGCACAAUCCUGUGUACAUAGGGAUGAAAAUAUCGUUGAUUUAUAACCACAAUUUUUUCCUUGACCGUGUUGAUGAAACUGUAAGUUGUGAUCAGACCAGUGUGAUAUUAAGUGUUCUGCUGGUGAAUGCACACAAUUGACAGGGAAUCCAUCUUGAUGACUUUAUUAGCUGUUACCAAGUUUGUAUUAUUGGUAUUGGUAAUACAUCUUUUUGAGACCAGUUCAGUAUAUAUCACGUGGUGAAAAGAUACAAGAUUUGGCCACAGCAACAACCUGUCUUUUGACAGGAACUGGUCAUCAGCAGGCAACAGUUGAGUUUGGUAUUCUAGACCUGCUUGCUACCUCUGUGGCAAUGUCCAUUCGCUUAUUUCUGUUUGUUAGUCAGUUUGACCUACGUGUUGGCUUCUAUCAAGGGUGUCCUAAAAGAGGGUCUAAGAGUGGAGUGUGUAUCCACAUAACCGAACAAGACGAGCUUAAACCAUUUGACUGUAGAUAUUUUCUUCGGAAACCACCAGAUUAUGAUCUGUACAUAAUUGUUGGUCAUGAUUCAGUUAGGAAAUUUAGAGCAGAUUCCUCAGGCACUUCGUCUCAAAUGUCUAAUUUUCUGCAGGCAACAAAGUCCAGAAGACAGUAAACCUGUACAAUAUACUUAAUAUUGCUCUUGGUGACAUAUUUCAGAUAACACACUGAUCUCUUAAAACAGUUUAAGGCACUAAGUAAUCUUUAUCUUGUUCUUGGCAUUUGGUGGGGGAUGGUAAAUACACAGAAAGGUGGUAUGGUUGAAGGGGAGAUGGGCAUAGACAACUGUAGAUGACAUCAAUGCCACAAAACUCUACUUUUCAUCCCAGUCUUUUGCUGUCUACCUUUGGUGAUAUAGUAAGGAACUGCUCUAAGGCAUUGGAUACUUUGCCGCACUGCAUAUAACUGAACCUAUUGUUGUUGCCAGUCUGCACAACAUCUGCUAGAAAGAGCAAGUCUGAGCUUGCUUUGCUGCUGACCAGGGUUUACCAUUUUGGUUUUUUAGUUGCAGUGAAAACUUGUGGCUUGCACCUGCCAUGAGGAUAUUGAAACGGUACAUGCCAGCUUCUCCAUUUUAGACGGCCUCCAUAUUUGGCUUAUUUGUUUAGGUCUUCAUUCAUGGUUCUUGGGGGCCUUUUUAUUAUUUCAGCACUGCCAGCAUCAAGCUCACAUUGCUGUACUCAUCCUUGAGUACAAUUUUAUGAAAAUUGUAAUCCUAAACCUUAAAAAUAAACCUCUGGCGUUCAAAACAAGAAUUAUCUAUUAACAGGUUAGAGCUUAAAAUGAUCAAGUAUGUCAUUUAUAUAGCAUAUUGUAAUCAUAAUUACAGAUUAGAAAAGUUGCAUUACUUCUCCUUUCUGAAAUUAUGUCAGGUCAAUUUCAGUCACAAAUAUUAAAAUGUUGAACUGUCAUUUAUUUUUUCUUGUUGCCUCCAGUCUCAUUACGUGAGGCCACUAUUUAAAGAUAACUGUUAAAAUUAAGUGAUAGCCACCACCCUCUUGUAACUGGUGAUCUGAAAAUUAUUUAUCUCGGAGAGCAAUAUGUGCAUGUAAACUGCAAAGCCUGAAGUAAUUAAUAAAAUGUGAAAUUUUGCAGAAAA